UUUUAGACAGAAAAUGUGCAUGUUGUGUGUUUUCAUAUAAUUAGUUUCGCUAUUCAGACAUUUUAUUGUUGUGUUCACUACUGUAUAUUUAUGUGAUAGUUUAUUUAAUUAAUAAAGACGAAAACAGCAAAAAAUGGCUGUUGAUAUGUUAAGUUUGAAUGAAAUUGAUCAAAAAUUCCUACGUGACAAUAUGCUCACGUCUGAAGAUUUGGAACUUGAUUUAGGUAAUUUAGAUUUUGAUUUAAAAAAUGAAGAUGCUUUAUUUAAAGAGAAUAAAUUUCUGCUUCCAGAUAAUUUUGAUAUAGAAUCUCAAAUCUAUAGUAAUAUCUGUCCAUCUCCAUUAUCAAUAAGUAACGGAUCUUCUGGAAUAGAUAUCAAAGAAGAACCUCCUUCUCCACCAAUUAUCCAAUUACAAGAUCAAUCCAUAUGGUCAUCUGAGGAUUUCUGUCCUUCCAUUAAAGUUCUUGACUGUGAUAAACAGAUGGAGAUUGAAGUUCCAGAAACACCUCCAAAUACACCUCCAGGAAUACAAGAAGUAUGCACUUCUCCAGUUCCUUCUACUUGGUCUAAUACAAACCCAGUUAUUACACUAGUUAAAACAACAGUACCAAAUUCUACUACUGUGACUGUUACUCCAACUGUUAGAAUUCAACCAAAGAAAACUACACCAAUUAAAGUGGAAAAAUUGCCUUCUGCAGUACAACCAUUAAUUUUAAGAACAGACCAGCUUGCUAAUCUUGGAAUUUUAGAAAUUUCAUCUGCAGUCAAUUCCUUAGCAAAAUCAUCAGCUCCAUCUGAAUUACAACAACAUAAACUAGAAUCAGUAACAACAAAAAAAUUGAAACAGUCAGUUGAUACAAGACCAACAAUUCAAGGUUCAACAAUUCCAAUAGCAACUGGGAGUUCUACUUCUGCUCAUCCUAAUCAUUAUACUGAUUUAAAAGCUCUGAAAAGACAACAGAGAAUGAUUAAAAAUAGAGAAUCUGCAUGUUUAUCAAGAAAGAAGAAAAAAGAAUAUUUACAGAAGCUUGAAAUAGAAGUGAAGAAAUUAACCAAUGAAAAUAAUAGGUUACGUGCAGAAAAUAUUUUUCUUAAACAAAGAAUAACAGAUUUAGAGAAAGGCACUAAUACACCAAAAGCAUUUUUAUCAAAUGAAAUGAAAAAGACUACCUGCUUUAUGGCUAUUAUUUUUAUGUUAACAGUAAAUCUUGCUCCUUAUGGUGGUCUUCUUCUUAGUACAAAUGCCCCUAGUUCAACUUCAUUUGUAAAUCCUCAUCGAACUGGAAGAUCUCUCCUAUGGAAAGUAAAUGAAAAUGUUGAUGAAGUAAAUAAGCCUGAUCCAGAUUUUGUUGAUGAUUCUUUGUCAAAUAAUAAUUUAACUGGAUUUGAAGGAAAGAAUAUUUCUAUUUGUCCAACUUAUAUUAAUAAUACUGAAUCCUUAAGAUUAGAGAAUGAAUUACGUGUUUGGGCAUUGAGAGUUGAAAAACAAAAAAGGAAAGUAUUAACAAAAAAACCAAAGAAAGUAAUGCCACCAGUUCAAGCAUGGAUUAAUGAAGCACGUAGAAGACAAUUAAAAAAUGAAUGGUAUCCUGGCCACAAUGAAUUACAAAUAUAUCGUUCUCCACAAAAAUCAUUUGAUGACUUUUUAGAAGCAAUUCAUCGUAGAGAAGAUACUUUUUACUUUGUUUCUUUUUCUGGUGAUCACUUACUGCUUCCUGCAACUGCACAUAACAAAACAGUACGACCAAAGAUGUCUCUUGUUAUGCCUGCAAUGACAUUCAAUGAUACAGUCAAGCAUCCUAAGGAUCAUGUGACCAUGAUGCAAAUAGAUUGUGAAGUUAUGAAUACUAAACUUGUGUAUGUAAAAGAAUCAGUAAUUCCACCACAUUUGCGUCACCAUAAGAAUCUUACUAAAAGUGAUGAUGAUAUUUAUUCUAUUUAUAAAACUCCAGAAAAACAAAGAAAGACUAAAAGUAUUAAAAAUGAAAAACAAAAGCAUGUUUGAAUACCAUCAAAUUUAAAAUUUUAUUUUGUAAAAUUUUA